AGAGAGAGAGAGAGAGAGAUUUCUGAAUGAUUCCACAUGCUGAAUGAAAGUGACACUCUCCGUGAACGGGACGCAGCGGCGGCUCUUCUCCAGUCUGGCUUUGGGAAGGAAGGACUCAAUACAGCCGGUGCAGCAUGUGAAAGUUCAACACGGGCGACUUCCUCUUUUCCUUUUUUUUUACACAUUUUGCAGUCAGUCUCAGAUCAUUAAGCAUUUCCACGGCACUGAUUUCUCCACUGAAAUGCCGUCAUGUCACGCGUGAAUGUCAGCUGGAUUAUUACGGUGCUCGCGGUGGAGCUCGCGACACUGUCCGCCACGCGCGCUCACAGCUGUCACGAGGUGAAAACAGCGUUUCAGGUGCGCCAGAUCGGCCAGCUGAAGUGGGUUCCCGAAACACCUGCUACAGAUGUGGAACUGUCCGUGUGCAAGCAUGCGGGGCCAUCAUGUUGUACACGAAGAAUGGAAGACAGUUACAGAGCGGCGGUCCUGAGAGACACCACCCAGAACAUCGGAUCGUACAGCUAUGAGCUCAAAUUUCUCAUUUCUGCACACGCCGCCGCCUUCCAGGAUACGUUCCAGUCCCUAAUAUCCUUCUCCCAGAACCACCUGACCUCUCUGUUUGAGACCACAUACUCAUCCCUCAUGUCGUCCAUCUCCCCUCACAUCGUCUGCCUCUUCACGGACCUCUCUCGCUUCCUCCAGGGCACCGGCAACGUCUCGGUGGAAGCUGCUGUGCACUGUUUCUUCGACAGCCUUUUCCCAUUGGUCCACACUCAGAUUGUCAAUCCCGGUAUGGAAGGAAGUAUUGGGACAGAUGCUUCUGAAGGCAACCAGCUUGGUGACUGUCUCCGAAUGACCAGGCAGGACGUAAACCCCUUUGGUCCGCACCCAAAAGCAAUGGCAAAAGAUCUGGCGGACGCAUUGCGGGCUGGGCGGGUGCUCAGCUUGGCACUUGCCGAAGGGUCAGAGGUGAUGAACAUUACGGAAACAGCAGGGUUAUCAAAAGAGUGCACACGGGCUCUGGUACGCAUGCAUUACUGCUCUCACUGCCGUGGACUCACCCUGAUCCAUGCGUGCAGCAACUACUGUCUUAAUGUCAUGCGCGGGUGCCUGGCGAGCUACUCCGAGCUCCACCAGCCCUGGAGACAGUAUGUCACCAUAUUGCAGGACCUCACGCAAAUGGUUGCCGGAGCUCACAAUUUAGAGCUGGCCUUACUGGGGAUCAGAGGUCAGGUCGAGGAGGCCAUACUCUACGCACAGCUUCACGGGCCCAGGCUAACUGCCACAGUGGAUAAAGUGUGUGGUCACUCUUCAAACACAUCUACAUCUACAGUCAGGACGUUUCCUCCGGCUUCAGUCAAGCCUCCACCUGUCAACAUCUCACAGGACGCUCCAGGAGCUGAUAAGAUCGGCAUGUUGGCACACCUUCACAGUUCACUCCCUCUGAAAAACUCCAAGAGCGAUAGAGGUAGAACUCUGAAAAAAGUUGCACGUGAGUUUACAAUCUACAUCUCCCGAUAUAAGUCCUUCUACGCCAUGCUUCCUGAUAUGUUGUGUGAUGGAGAGAAGGUCGUCGAUGAGUUCUCAUGUUGGAGUGGAGAUGAUGUGGUGAAAAGUUAUACUGCAAGAGUGGUGGGCAAUGGAGUUCUUGCGCAGAGACAGAAUCCAGAAGUAAGAGUCAGAGGUUUCGACCCAGUGCUUAUGGAUGUCAAAAACAGACUCGAGCUCUUCAACAUGGAGGUCCAGGAGGUGAUACCAGGCGUGGGCCACAGAAGAUCCGGGGAUGACCCAGGAAGUGGGGAGAGCAGUGGUGAAUGUGAUGAUGAGGAUGGAUGUGAAGGCUCUGGAGAGUCUGUGGAGUCUCCCUCUCCCAAAGAAGAGGACUUAUCCAAAACAACAGGGAAGGUCUCUUUCAAUGAAGUACCCAUCCCCAGAAAUAAACCAUCAUCCGAUGCUUCUCUUUCUACGGCCGGCUUCAUCAUCAUCAUCCUCUGUCUGGGGCUGCAGUGGCCCUUCAUCUGAAAGGCCACAUAUAAACACACACAUACACGUGGGAGAACAUCAUUAAAGAAAUGUCAGGGUCUUAUCCCCCCAAAACACACACACACACACAAAAAGAAUGCAAACUUGCAGUUGGUCAUUAACAGUCUGAUUUAAAUCACAGUAACAUCCUGACAAGCAUUUUCCCUCAAACAUAAACAGUAAAAAUGCCUCUCUAUUGCAGUAAUAUGCAGGUACUUAUUGUUUGAAAUAUGUAAGAGUCGUAGAAGUUCCAGUUUAAUAUCCACAUCAAAUUAGUUUCCAAUAUUGUGUUGAUAGAAAGUAUAAAUUGAAUAUGCAUUUGCAUAGAAAGUUUUAAACGCAAGCCUAGUGUCGACUUUAAUGUUUCAAAUCGUAAUUUUUUUAUAAAUUAGUUUGCUCAGAAAAUGAUUGCAUUAAAGAUCAUGAUUUGUAAUGUACUAGUGAGAAAUGAAUGCUGCAUGAUGCCUCAUUCGCACUAGCGGCGACUUUGUAGCUGCCUGUGUGGCGACCUGCUGCAUGUCUGUGUAGAGCCCCCUUUCCACUGCACACGCUGAGAGACACACCGGAAGUCAUUCAUUUCCAAUGGAGAGUAGUCCAGGAGCUGCGAGGGGUUACCAUCAUCUCCGUAUGUGGAAAAUUCAGAUCUGAUUUGAGCUGCGGAUACGUUGACAUACCUGAACUCCUGCAACUAGACCAUUAGCGACUGGCCGACCAGAUGUGAUGUAUUCCAGUGUUGUCCAAGCAGGUCUGUGCGCGAUGAGAAAUACAAUUUUUUUUUACAUUUUUUGUAUUUUUUAUCAGAAAAAAGCAUAGUCUUCUCAUAAAUGAGUAAUAAAAACUAUUAUUUUUUAAUGUUGUCUUUACAUUCCCUCCAAAAUUAGCGCUCUGAGUUUUAGUAUUCAUUCAUUCCACCCUGGUGAAUGCAUGAAGGAUAAAGGCUCUUGCUUUUGCACUCCUUUAUUCCGAACACCACGAGAAUCAGCUUCUCUCCCAUGGUGCGUGACAAAAUUGAAAAUUCUUUGUGACAGCCACAAGGGAGCGUUUUCCAACAGUUGUGUCCAAAUGUCGUGUGCAGUGGAAAUGCGGCUUAGGUCUACAGCAGAGAGAAUGCAGCCAGCCUCUGCAGGAGCUGAGAGAGGAUCUCAUAUGCUUUACCGGUGCUCCUAUUGGCUGUUACUCAGGAAAUUCACUCUUCAUUUGCAUAUAAUUGAAAUAUUCACAACUUUGUCGUGUAACUCGACACCCGCACCUGGUCGCGCAUCGAUGGCUGUACUUCACAUAGACCGAAGUUGUCGGAGGUCACUCACACUCACAAAUGAACGAUCGCUUGUCGAUUUGCCAAUGUGAGUCGCUCAUAGUGUGAAUGAGGCUUUUUAUCAUUUGCAGGGUUUUGACAUUUUAUUUUCACAUUUUAUUUAGUUUACUGGCCAUUCAAUAAGCAAAAUAUCAUUUAUGAUCAAAUUUUUCAAGUCACAGCUUUAAAUUAAAUAAUAAUUAUUAUAUGACAUAAUGAAUCAUUUACCCAAAGAGUCGAUGGUGGUUUUUACAUACAAAUAUUGGACAUUCAGCAUUCAUGAGAACAAGUUGAAGUGAAAGCUCAGUGCAAAUUAAUGAAUCUAAUCCCAAUACAGGCAAUAUUUCACUUCAAGAAUGAAUAAAGUGUCCUUUAAUAAGUAAAAAAUUAGGUUUUUUAUUAAAAAAUAUUUUAAAAAGGGAGCAAACAGAAAAGAGUCUAUAUUAUAUUUCUAUAUUAUUU